CCGCUCCUUCCGCGCUGCUGCUGCUGCUGCUGCUGCGACCCCGGCGGAGAAGGGCAAGAAUUUGCAACAGCUCCGAACUCCGACGAGGCGCGCCAGCGGGCGCCUUGCCUGCAAAACUCUCUCUGUGCUUCCUCGGCCGCCGAACCCCCUGGAAGAUGGAGAUGGUGGCUGUGUUGCAGCGGACUUCACAAUUCCCCGUUCCCCCGUAGACUUUUUUUUUUUUUUAAGAGUUGAUCCUAGGGCGGGAUGUUUCAAUUGGAUAUAAUUGCUGCCUCCCUGUUUGCUUUUUCAACACGCCCUGGAGGACGAAGUGGCUUUCUGUAAGGUCUGGCCGAGAAGAUCGUUAUAAAAAACGGAAGAAGAGCGGAGGGAAUCCCCUCUCCCCUGCGCGGUUCUUCCUGGGAUCCGGCAGCAGGCAUAAGGGAUAUUAGAUACAGUACAGAACAAAACAAAAAACAAAAACAAAAACAAAACGCUCCAGCAGAAGUUCUCUUCCUUGCAAAGCUGCUCUGGUAACCAUGGCUGGGAUUGGCAAACGCUGGGAGAUAAUGUGCUGCGUGAUCGUCGUGCUUCUGGGCAGCCCUGCAGCCACAGCCCAAGAUGAUGUUUCUCCCUAUUUCAAGACGGAGCCAGUGCGCACACAAGUUCACCUGGAGGGGAACCGCUUGGUCCUGACCUGCAUGGCAGAAGGCAGCUGGCCUCUGGAGUUCAAAUGGCUGCACGACAACAGGGAGCUGACCAAAUUCUCUCUAGAAUACAGGUACAUGAUCACAUCCCUGGACCGUACGCAUGCUGGCUUCUACCGCUGCAUUGUGCGCAAUCGCAUGGGAGCCCUUCUGCAAAGGCAGACUGAAGUGCAGGUGGCAUAUAUGGGAAGCUUUGAGGAGAUCGAGAAGCAGCAGAGUGUGUCUCACGGGGAAGCCGCCGUGAUCCGCGCUCCCCGCAUUGCCAGCUUCCCUCGCCCGCAGGUCACGUGGUUCCGUGAUGGACGCAAGAUCCCUCCCAGCAGCCGCAUAGCCAUCACUCUGGAGAACACCCUGGUCAUCCUAUCGACAGUGGCACCUGAUGCUGGAAGGUACUAUGUGCAGGCCGUGAAUGACAAGAACGGAGACAAUAAAACCAGCCAGCCCAUCACCCUCACCGUGGAGAAUGUAGGCGGCCCAGCUGACCCCAUUGCACCAACCAUCAUAAUUCCGCCACGCAACACCAGCGUCGUCUCUGGCACCUCGGAAGUGACCCUGGAGUGUGUAGCCAAUGCCAGGCCACUCAUCAAGCUGCACAUCAUCUGGAAGAAGGGCGGGGUGCCGGUUUCCGGCGGCAUCAGCGACUAUAACCGGCGCCUGACCAUCCUCAACCCCUCGCUGAGCGACAGCGGAUACUACGAGUGUGAAGCUGUUCUGCGAAGUAGCAGUGUGCCCUCCGUGGUCCGUGGAGCCUAUCUCUCUGUGCUGGAGCCACCUCAGUUCACCAAGGAACCAGAGAGGCACAUCACAGCUGAGAUGGAGAAGGUGGUUCAGAUUCCAUGCCAGGCCAAAGGUGUGCCUACACCCAGUAUGUUGUGGUACAAGGAUGCCGUGCUGCUCGGAGUGGAGAAGCUUGCUCGUUUCCAGCUCCUCGCCAAUGGGAGCCUGCAGAUCAGCGGGUUGAUGCCAGAUGACACGGGCAUGUUCCAGUGCUUUGCCCGCAAUGCCGCUGGCGAGGUGCAGACCUCCACGUACCUGGCCGUCACCAGCAUUGCUCCCAACAUAACCAAAGGGCCCCUGGACAGCACAGUAAUUGAUGGGAUGGCUGUGGUACUCAGUUGCGAGACUUCAGGGGCUCCCAGGCCAGCCAUCACAUGGCAGAAAGGUAAUGGUGAACGAAUCCUGGCCAGCGGCUCCGUGCAACUUCCUCGUUUCACUCUCCUGGAGUCAGGAAGCCUCUUGAUCAGUCCUACGCGGAUCUCAGAUGCUGGGAGCUACAUUUGCCUGGCCACCAACUCCCGGGGAGUCGAUGAGGCAUCAGCUGAGCUCGUCGUCUGGGCCCGGACUCGCAUCACCAGUCCUCCUCAGGAUCAAAGUGUCAUCAAAGGCACCAAGGCUUCCAUGACUUGUGGAGUGACCCAUGACCCCAGAGUGGUAGUCAGAUACAUGUGGGAAAAGGAUGGUGCUGCACUGAACGUGGAGAACGUAGCACGCAUGAGGCUGGACGGCACGGGCACCCUCCAUAUUGCCCAGACCUGGUCAGGUGACAUUGGCACCUACACUUGCCGCGUGGUUUCUGCUGGAGGCAACGAUUCUCGCAGUGCUCACCUGCGAGUCCGACAGCUCCCGCACGCACCAGAAAACCCCGUUGCCAUGCUGAGCACUGCAGAGAAGCGAGCGAUCAACCUAACAUGGACCAAACCCUUUGAUGGGAACAGCCCGCUGCUUCGUUACAUUCUUGAGGUCUCCGAGAACAAUGCUCCCUGGACAGUGCUCAUGGCCAGCGUGGACCCUGAAGUGACCUCAGUGCUGGUGAGAGGGUUGGUCCCUGCCCGCUCAUACCAAUUCCGGCUAUGCGCCCUCAAUGAUGUGGGCAAAGGCCAGUUCAGCAAGGACACCGAGAGGGUUUCCCUCCCGGAGGAACCGCCCACCGCUCCCCCUCAGAACGUCAUUGCCAGUGGCCGAACCAACCAGUCCAUCAUGAUCCAGUGGCAGCCGCCACCUGAAAACCACCAAAAUGGCAUUCUCAAGGGCUACAUCAUCAGAUUUUGCCUGGCUGGCCUGCCCGUCGGCUAUCAGUUCAGAAACAUCACCAACGCUGACGUCAACAACCUGCUGCUUGAGGACCUGAUCAUUUGGACCAACUACGAGAUUGAGGUGGCUGCAUACAACAGUGCUGGGCUGGGUGUCUACAGCGCCAAAGUCACAGAGUGGACCCUCCAGGGUGUGCCCACCGUAUCCCCGGGCAACGUGCAGGCCGAGGCCACCAAUUCCACCACCAUCCGCUUCACCUGGAACCCACCCAGUCCCCAGUUCGUCAACGGCAUCAACCAAGGCUACAAGCUGAUUGCCUGGGAACCAGCACAGGAAGAAGAUAUGACUGUAGUGACAGUGCGUCCUAAUUUCCAAGACAAUAUCCAUGUGGGAUAUAUCUCAGGCCUCAAGAAGUUUGCAGAGUAUUUCACCUCGGUGCUGUGUUUCACCACACCAGGCGACGGACCCCGCAGCCCCCCGCAGCUGCUGCGCACCCAUGAGGACGUUCCGGGUCCAGUGGGACACCUCAGCUUCAACGAGAUCCUCGACACAUCCCUGAAGGUCAGCUGGCAAGAGCCCAUGGAAAAGAAUGGCAUUCUGACAGGCUACCGGAUCUCCUGGGAAGAAUACAACCGCACCAACACCCGUGUAACGCACUACCUGCCCAACGUCACACUGGAAUACCGCGUCACUGGCCUCACGGCCCUCACGACAUACACCAUUGAAGUGGCAGCCAUGACCUCGAAGGGCCAGGGACAAGUUUCCUCCUCCACCAUCUCCUCGGGAGUUCCUCCAGAGCUCCCUGGAGCCCCUUCGAACCUGGGCAUCUCCAACAUUGGUCCCCGCUCAGUCACACUUCAGUUCCGCCCUGGUUACGAUGGCAAGACAUCCAUUUCCAGGUGGCAAGUGGAGGCUCAGGUGGGUCAAAUUGGUGAGAGCGAGGAGUGGACCCUCAUCCACCAGCUGUCUAAUGAGCCAGAUGCCCGCUCCAUGGAGGUGCCCAACCUCAAUCCCUACACAUACUACAGCUUCCGCAUGCGACAAGUGAACAUUGUUGGCACCAGCCCACCCAGCCUGCCUUCCCGCAGGAUCCAGACAUUGCAGGCCCCACCUGAUGUAUCUCCUGCCAAUAUUACACUGCGGACAGCCAGUGAAACCAGUCUCUGGCUGAGAUGGAUGCCUCUGCCAGAGACAGAGUACAACGGCAGCCCUGAGUCGGUGGGCUACCGGUUGCGCUACUCGCGCCUAGACGGGCGUGGCCGCACACUGGCCAACACCAUCCAUGACCGUGUGGAGCGUGAGUUCACCAUUGAAGACCUGGAAGAAUGGACGGAGUACCGUGUGCAGGUGCAGGCUUUCAAUGCCAUCGGGCCCGGGCCAUGGAGCCAGACUGUGGUGGGGAGAACCCGAGAGUCAGUGCCUUCGUCUGGACCCACCAACAUAUCAGCUUUGGCAACCACCUCUACCUCUAUGCUGGUGCGAUGGAAUGACAUCCCGGAGGCUGAUCGAAACGGGCUGGUUCUGGGCUACAAGGUCAUGUAUAAAGAGAAGGACUCAGACACAAGGGCUCAGUUCUGGUUGGUGGAGGGCAACGCUUCACGGAGUGCCCAGCUCACAGCUUUGGGCAAGUAUGUUCUGUAUGAGAUCCGAGUGCUGGCUUUCACUCGUAUCGGUGAUGGUGUGCCCAGCAAUCCUCCCAUCCUGGAACGGACACUCGAUGACGUGCCUGGGCCCCCAGUGGGCAUUCUCUUCCCUGAAGUAAGAACAACUUCUGUACGGCUAAUCUGGCAGCCACCUGCUGCUCCCAAUGGCAUCAUUCUGGCCUACCAGAUCACUCACCGCCUCAACACCACCACCGCCAAUUCUGCCAGCGUGGAAGUUCUCAACCCCAGUGCGAGGCAGUUCACUGCUACUGGUCUCAGACCCGAGUCAACCUACCUUUUCCGUAUCACAGCACAGACCCGGAAGGGCUGGGGUGAGGCAGCAGAAGCGUUGGUGGUGACUACAGAGAAGAGAGACCGUCCCCAACCUCCCAGCAAGCCGGUUGUGUUGCAGGAAGACGUCAAGUCAAGAAGUGUACUAUUGUCCUGGGAGCCAGGCAGUGAUGGGCUCUCGCCAGUCCGGUAUUACACUGUACAAACACGGGAACUUCCUGAUGGGAAAUGGGUGCUGCAUUCUGCCUCCGUGAACCACAACACCACAUCCUUCAUAGUCAACAGGCUGAAACCCUUCACUACCUACAAAUUCCGGGUCAAGGCAACCAAUGAUAUUGGUGACAGCGAAUACAGUGAAGAGUCAGAGUCACUCACCACACUACAGGCUGCCCCAGAGGAAGCUCCCACUAUCUUGUCAGUGACCCCACACACCACCACAUCUGUACUGAUCCGCUGGCAGGCUCCAUCUGAGGACAGAAUCAAUGGCAUCUUGCUAGGUUUUCGCAUCCGCUACCGGGAGCUGGCUUACGAAGGGGUGCGAGGAUUCACUGCACGCAGUAUCGGCAAUCCCAGUGCAAAAUGGGCAGAACUCACCUCAACGUAUGCCAUGCGGAACCUGACUGAGGCCUCCCUCACACAAUAUGAGCUGGACAACCUGAACAAGCACCGCCGCUAUGAGAUCCGAAUGAGUGUCUACAAUGCCGUGGGUGAAGGCCCCACCAGCUCACCACAGGAGGUCUUUGUGGGCGAGGCUGUCCCUGCGGCUGCACCACAGAAUGUGGCCAUCCAAAGUGCCACAGCCACCCAGCUCGACAUCACAUGGGAGCCACCACCCCCCGAGGCACAGAACGGAGACAUCCAAGGCUACAAGAUCUAUUUCUGGGAGGCCCAGCGGCAGAACGAAACAGAACGGGUGAAAACGCUCUUCCUGCCGGAGAGCGGCGUCAAACUCAAGAAUCUGACCGGCUACACCGCCUACCUUGUCACCAUCCUGGCCUUCAAUGCUGCAGGCGAUGGGCCCCGCAGUGCCCCUAUCAAGGGCCGGACGCAGCAAGCAGCCCCCAGCUCACCAGGCUCCAUCAAAUUUAGUGAGCUCACCACCACCUCCGUGAACGUCUCCUGGGAGCCACCAAUUUUCCCUAAUGGAAUCCUGGAGGGUUACCGACUCAUCUAUGAACCUUGCAUGCCUGUGGAUGGUGUGAGCAAGAUUGUAACAGUGGAUGUGAAGGGAAACAGUCCACUAUGGUUGAAAGUCAAAGAUCUAGCAGAAGGAGUCACUUACCGGUUCCGAAUCCGAGCCAAGACCUUUACCUACGGACCGGAAGUAGAAGCCAACAUCACCACUGGGCCAGGAGAAGGUGCUCCAGGUCCUCCAGGUGAGCCCUUCAUCUCCAGGUACGGCUCAGCUAUCACAAUCCACUGGUCAAGCGGUGACCCUGGGAAAGGUCCUAUCACUAGAUACGUGAUUGAGGCGCGUCCUUCAGAUGAGGGGCUCUGGGACAUUCUCAUCAAGGACAUUCCCAAGGAAGUGACCUCAUACACCUUCAGCAUGGACAUAUUGAAGCAAGGUGUCAGCUACGACUUCCGGGUCAUUGCUGUCAAUGACUAUGGCUAUGGGACACCCAGCUCUCCCUCCCCAUCGGUUUCAGCCCAGAAAGCCAAUCCUUUCUAUGAGGAGUGGUGGUUCCUGGUGGUCAUUGCUCUGGUGGGACUCAUCUUCAUCCUCCUGCUGGUCUUUGUCCUCAUCAUCCGAGGGCAGAGCAAGAAGUAUGCCAAGAAGUCAGACUCAGCUCCUGUACUGUUCCCACGGAAGAUCUCAAAGAGGAAGAUAGUCAAGGAACAGUAUGUGGAUUUUCCCAGAGGGAGCAACUCCAAGUCAAAUGCCCUUGGCCACGGUGAGAUGGUUAGCCUGGAUGAGAGCAGCUUUCCUGCUCUGGAGCUGAACAACCGGCGCCUGUCCGUGAAAAAUUCCUUCUGCAGGAAGAACGGAAUCUACACAAGAGCUUCCAUGUCUCUCCCGAGGUCCCCGCCGAGACCCAGCCCCGGCUCCCUGCACUACUCGGAUGAGGACGUCACCAAAUACAAUGACCUCAUCCCAGCUGAGAGCAGCAGCCUCACGGAGAAGCCCUCGGAAAUCUCUGACUCGCAGGGAAGUGACAGUGAGUACGAAGUGGAUCAGAACCAACAGAAAGCCCAUUCUUUUGUCAACCAUUACAUCAGCGACCCGACUUAUUACAACUCAUGGAGGCGCCAGCAAAAGGGCAUCUCCCGGGCUCAGGCCUACAGUUAUACAGAGAGUGACUCCGGAGACCCUGACCACUGCCCAAUGUCCAACAGCACCAGCACCCAACAGGGCAGCCUCUUCCGACCCAAACCCAGUAGGACUCCAACCCCACAAACCCCAGUCAACCCUCCCAGCCAGCAGAGCACCCUUUACCGACCCCCCAGUAGCCUUGCCCCAGGGUCCAGAGCCCCUAUUGCUGGGUUUUCUUCUUUUGUUUGACAUUUCUAAAAGAGAGAAGAAAAAAGAGAAGAAAAUAUGGAUAAAGAAGAACAAAAUAAUGGAUAUAAUAAUAAUAACAAUAAUGAAGAACAUUCGGGUCCAGAAUUAUUAUUAUUUUCAGAGGCAAUGAGAAGAUCAUGUGGGAGACAAUCAGUCAUAGUUGAGUUUGGAAUCAUUGACUGCUGCUGCUUCUAGUAUUGCACAGUGUUCUUCAAAGGAACUACCUGUAUGCAAACAUACACCUGGAGCAGGACAGGAGACAUGCCUGUUUUCAGGCCUAGAGCUGAAGGAAGGAAGGAAGGCAACAGGGUAAAAGAUUGGGAGCCCCAAAGCUAAGACAAUGUUUGGUGUUGCAGACCACCUUCUUGCAGAUCAACGUUCUAGGCAGGCAAAGAAGUAGGGAAUUGAUGUUUUUCAGAAUAGUCUCUCUGGGUUUGAUUUUGAUUUUUGAUUUUUGUUCACCAACCAAAGCUCGGAGGGGAACGGGUUAGGGCUCCACAAGCUGUAAAUAUGAGCCACUUGGACUGCUGCAGCCAGUGCUCCAAGGAGCUCAAUGGCAGCACCUAGUAGCGUGCUGUCCAUAGGAACAUGUUCUCAGUAACUAGCAACUGGCCAAUGAGAGAGAGGCAGACUGAAGAAGACCCACCCACUGCGAUGUCAUGAUGGUUCUUUGGGGGAGCGGCAACAAAUGCCGAAGAGGAAUCCCAGUCUCUGAAGCUAUCAUGAAUGGACUAUAGAGGAUUAGGCUGGGCGACCACCACCUAUGUUCAGACCAGCUUCGCCUCCACUUUGCUCUUCCACUCACCUCCGGAACAGAAGUUAGCCGAGCUGAAAAGUGCUGACCAGAGACAGUGUGGUUUCUUUUUAUGCAUUUUGGUUUGAGGAUAGGAGAGUAUGUUUGAGAAUCCUUGGGUGGAAGCUGUAGAAUUCAAAGGAAUCAAUGCAUUGUCACUUGGCAGGAAAGAGAUGCUGUCCGUAUCAGCUCGGUGGAAAGCGCUCUCCCCCGGCUUUGUCGGAGAGCUGAGCACCUGCAGCCAAACCAAGCCACAAGGCAGAAUCCAUCCCACAUGGUUGGAUAGUCUCUCAGCGCCCUGAUUUCUUCUCAGUUCCCCUUUUCCCCCAUUCACUUCAUUGGACAGGGAGAGAGCAAGGGGGAAGCCCCCAUCCAAUCUAAGUGCAAUUCGAGGGGGCGUUCAGGGAAAAGGAGAUAAACUUGAUAUAAUAUAAAUGCUGCACAGCCCCUGGUACUGGCUUUAGAAUGGACAACCUCAAGAGGCUAAACUGAUGCCUCAUUGCAGCGUUUUCUCUCCUCCUCCUGGUAUCAAAACUAAACUUUCUCCUUAGCUCCAUAGAAAAGGAGAGUUUGUCCCCAAUUCCCGUUUUAUAUAGUUUUGUUUUUUUUAAUUGUUCACAGCACACAAACAUUAAGGUGGGGAGAGGGAAUGGGAACGGAGUGGAGGUUGUUGAGGAAGUGAUGCAUUGAAAGUGAUUGUCUAUCCCUCUCCCUGUCUCUCUUUGUUUUGCUAUCUUUUUGAAUUCUAUUUUAGCACAAGGGUUAUGGGGGAGGCAGGUGGGAAAUUAUGUUUGUUUCAUUUUGGCCUAGCAGAAUACACACACACACACACACACACACACAGAUACACAGAGUGCCUACUGAGCCCCAAGAUCUGCGGUGGCUAUCUCCCUGGACCCCCACAACAGUGUUGUGUGCUAAAGCAGGGCUGGCUGGGGAUCCUGUUGCCCUCCAAAUGUUGUUGGUCUACAGCUCCCCUUCAGCCUCAGGCAGUAUGGCCCAGUGAUCGGGAAUGAUGGGAGUUGGAGUCCAACAACACUGGAGUGCUACAGGUUCCCACUUGCCAGGAUAGAGCAGACAGCAAGCCCAGGAACAGUGGCUGAGCAGGUGAGGGAGAGAAGAAAAAAGAAUAUAUGAGCAUUAUGCUCUAGCUGGGAUACCUUCUUUCCUGGAAGUACUAGGGAUAUAGCUAUUUCCAUUAUAACCCCUUCACCCCAUGCCUUUAUUUGCACAUUGUUUUCAAAGCCUGGUUUACAAAGAAUUGAACCUGGCACAUAGGGUCCUUUUAAUAAAGAAUCAAAAUGCAAAUCA